UGAUCGAACGGUCCAAGAUAAACAAAAGUAAGAUCCAACAGAAAAAACGAGAAAAGAAGAUUAAAUGUUUUGGGACCGAGCAAGAGCAAAGCCAGACAGCUUGUCUUUCCUUGGAGUUGUCAUAUCAAGCCUUACCUUCUGCCUCGGAUUCGUUCUCUUGUUGCUGAUAAUUUAUUAGGGUUAAGAUGAGCUUUAGUGGCCCUUCAAUGAGUUCCGGGGGUAAAACUUUUAGAAGAGCUGUUGAGUUUGGAAGGACUUAUGUGGUCAGGCCCAAAGGUAAACACCAAGCUACUGUGGUUUGGCUUCAUGGUCUUGGUGACAAUGGUUCAAGCUGGUCACAGCUCUUGGAGACCCUUCCUCUUCCAAAUAUUAAAUGGAUUUGCCCAACUGCACCUACUCAACCAAUGACUAUAUUUGGUGGCUUUCCUUCCACUGCUUGGUUUGAUGUGGAAGAUCUUUCAGAAGAAGCUCCUGAUGAUUUAGAGGGUUUAGAUGCUGCAGCCUUGCAUGUCGCAAAUUUGCUAUCAACAGAGCCUGCUGACAUUAAACUUGGUAUCGGAGGCUUCAGUAUGGGUGCAGCAACCUCUCUAUACUCUGCAACCUGCUUCAGUUGUGGAAAAUAUGGAAAUGGCAAUACAUACCCUGCCAACUUAAGUGCAGUUGUGGGACUAAGUGGCUGGCUUCCAUGUUCAAAGACUUUGAAUAGCAAACUUAGAGGAGAUAGUGAAGCUGCAAGACGUGCUUCAUCUUUGCCCAUUUUGCUUUGUCAUGGCAAAGGUGAUGAUGUGGUUCAAUAUAAAUUUGGUGAAAAUUCCUUGCAAGCCUUGAGUUCAAAUGGUUUUCAGGAUGUGACAUUCAAAUCUUACAAUGGGCUUGGCCACUACACUAUCCCUGAAGAGAUGGAUGCGGUUUGUGCUUGGCUAACAUCUAAAUUGGGACUUGAGGGGAAAUCUUGAUUUCAUAACUUUGAAGAGGAAGGAGAAAAUUGGUGAUGGUUGUAAGGAUAAAAUUUAGUAGCUCAAAAUGGUUCUUGUUAUGGUAUACAUGAUAUAGCAAUCUUCGUCCAAGCAUCCCCCCGGUUUAGUUCUGGUUUAUUUUAUAUCGGCUAACUGUUGCAGAUCUACAGAAAAUCUUAUCGGUAAAUCUUUUAAGACCGUGCGUGAUUUGGGUGAUCAACUUUCAUUUGAAUGGUAAUUUUUAUUGACUUGUUUUGAAAUCUGGAUGGUUAUUGCUA